UCAUGGGAUCUGGCUCAUUCUGCUGUAGUCAAGGAUUGCUUGUCUCCCUACUCGUCUAUGCUUUUAAUGGCUUUCUGGACAUAUUUGCAUUGAAUGCCUGGGCUUUUAUAUUUUCCCCACUGAGCACACCCCACGCAAUAUGGAUAUCUUGUGGAUUUUAUGGAUCGUACCCACGGUUUGGGCUGUAGAAGAGAUGUUAAUGGAUUCCACCACAGCAACAGCAGAGCUGGGUUGGACGGUAAAUCCUACAUCGGGGUGGGAAGAGGUGAGUGGCUACGAUGAGAACAUGAACACAAUCCGCACCUACCAAGUGUGCAAUGUCUUCGAGUCCAGCCAGAACAACUGGGUGCGCACGAAGUACAUCAAGAGACGGGGCGCUCAGCGCAUCCACGUGGAAAUGAAGUUCUCAGUGCGGGACUGCAGCAGCAUCCCAAACGUCCCAGGCUCCUGCAAGGAGACCUUCAACCUGUACUAUUAUGAGUCAGACUCGGACUCAGCCAACAAGGUCUCGCCAGCCUGGAUGGAGAACCCUUGGAUCAAGGUGGACACCAUAGCGGCCGACGAGAGCUUCUCUCAGGUAGACCUGGGCGGUCGUGUCAUGAAGAUCAACACUGAGGUCCGCAGCUUUGGCCCGGUCUCCCGGAGCGGAUUCUACCUGGCCUUUCAGGACUACGGGAGCUGCAUGUCCUUGAUUGCCGUCCGGGUCUUUUACCGCAAGUGCCCGCGGAUCAUCACGAAUGGGGCCAUCUUCCAGGAGACCCUCUCAGGGGCUGAAAGCACCUCGUUGGUGGCGGCGCGGGGAGUCUGUGUGCCUAACGGCGAGGAAGUGGACGUGCCCAUCAAGCUCUACUGCAAUGGGGACGGCGAGUGGAUGGUGCCGAUUGGGCGCUGCAUGUGCAAAGCUGGGCAUGAAUCGGUGGAGAACGGGACGAUAUGCAAAGCCUGUCCGUCUGGUUCCUUCAAGCCCACCCAGGGGGAUGACUCCUGCUUGCACUGCCCCAUCAACAGCCGUACCACCUCCGAGGGGGCAACCACCUGCGUCUGCCGCAACGGAUACUACCGCACAGACUCGGACCCCGUGGACAUGCCCUGCACCACAAUCCCCUCAGCUCCACAGAAUGUCAUCUCCAGCGUGAACGAGACCUCCCUGAUGCUGGAGUGGAAACCCCCACGGGAGGCAGGGGGCCGCGAGGACGUGGUCUUCAACAUCAUCUGUAAAAGCUGUGGGGCGGGCCGGGGAUCCUGCACGCGCUGUGGGGACAACGUGCAGUUCGUACCUCGGCAACUGGGCCUCACAGAGCCUCGGGUCUACAUCAGCGACCUGCUGUCCCACACCCAGUACACCUUCGAGAUCCAGGCAGUCAACGGGGUGUCUGACCAGAGCCCCUACUCACCACAGUUCUCUGCAGUCAACAUCACCACCAACCAGGCCGAGCGCAAGGAACACUCCAAUGAAAUGUGGACUGAAAGAGCCCCCUCGGCAGUGUCCAUCAUGCACCAGGUCAGUCGCUCAGUGGACAGCAUCACUCUCUCGUGGUCUCAGCCCGACCAGCCAAAUGGAGUCAUCCUGGAUUACGAGCUUCAGUACUAUGAGAAGGAGCAGAGUGAGUACAACUCGUCGGCGAUCAAGAGUCAGACCAACACUGUGGUCAUCCGAGGGCUCAAGCCCGGCACUAUCUAUGUGUUCCAGGUCCGAGCACGCACAGUGGCAGGCUUCGGGCGCUACAGCGGAAAGAUGUACUUCCAGACCAUGACUGAAGAGGAGUAUAAGACCAGCCUGCAGGAGAAGCUUCCUCUCAUCAUUGGCUCUGCGGCCGCCGGCAUCGUCUUUCUCAUCGCAGUGGUGGUCAUCGUCAUCGUCUGCAACCGGAGGAGGGGCUUCGAGAGAACAGACUCGGAGUACACUGACAAACUGCAGCACUACACCAGCGGCCACAUGACUCCAGGAAUGAAGAUCUAUAUUGAUCCGUUUACAUAUGAGGAUCCCAACGAGGCGGUGAGGGAGUUUGCCAAGGAAAUCGACAUCUCCAGCGUGAAGAUCGAGCAGGUCAUUGGAGCAGGUGAGUUCGGAGAGGUAUGCAGUGGCCACCUCAAGCUGCCAGGGAAGCGGGAGAUCUUCGUAGCCAUCAAGACCCUCAAGUCGGGCUACACAGAGAAACAGAGGCGGGACUUCCUGAGCGAGGCCAGCAUCAUGGGCCAGUUUGAUCAUCCCAACGUCAUCCACCUGGAGGGGGUGGUCACCAAGAGCAGUCCAGUCAUGAUUAUCACAGAGUUCAUGGAGAACGGCUCCCUGGACUCAUUUCUGAGGCAAAAUGACGGUCAAUUUACAGUGAUUCAGCUAGUGGGAAUGCUGCGCGGCAUCGCGGCUGGAAUGAAGUACCUCUCGGACAUGAACUACGUGCACCGUGACCUGGCCGCCCGCAACAUCCUGGUCAACAGCAACCUGGUGUGCAAGGUGUCCGACUUCGGACUGUCACGCUUCCUGGAAGAUGAUACCUCCGACCCCACCUACACUAGCGCCCUGGGCGGUAAGAUCCCCAUCCGAUGGACCGCCCCUGAAGCCAUCCAGUACAGGAAGUUCACCUCAGCCAGUGACGUCUGGAGCUACGGCAUUGUCAUGUGGGAAGUGAUGUCCUAUGGGGAGAGGCCAUACUGGGACAUGACCAAUCAGGAUGUGAUCAAUGCAAUCGAGCAGGACUACAGGCUGCCCCCCCCCAUGGACUGCCCUAGCGCCCUGCACCAGCUCAUGCUGGACUGCUGGCAGAAGGAUCGAAACAACCGGCCCAAGUUCGGCCAGAUCGUCAACACACUGGACAAGAUGAUCCGCAACCCCAACAGCCUCAAGGCCAUGACCCCUCUCUCCUCAGGGGUCCAUCUCCCUCUGCUGGACCGCAGCGUCCCAGAUUUCUCCAGCUUCAACACCGUGGAUGAGUGGCUGGAUGCCAUCAAGAUGGGCCAGUACAAACAGAACUUCACCAGCGCUGAGUUCACCAGCUUCGACGUGGUGUCACAAAUGACCAUGGACGAUAUUAUGCGAGUGGGGGUGACGCUCGCAGGCCAUCAGAAGAAGAUCUUAAACAGCGUGCAGAUGAUGCGAGCUCAGAUGAACCAAAUCCAGUCGGUUGAGGUUUGACGCUGGAAAGGAGAACCAGACGCUGGAAAGGAGAACCGAACCCUGAGCUCGGUCUUCCUGGGAGACCUCUCUCUCGGUCUUCCUCUCUCUCUCUCUCUCUCUCUCUCUCUCUCUCUCUCUCUCUCUCUCUCUCUCUCUCUCUCUCUCUCUCUCUCUCUCCCCUAUCCCCAUCCCUCCCUCAUCUGAGACACAACAGAACCCGAUUUUCCUUGACUACCAGCACAGAGCUCCAGGAAGACAAAAGCUGAGUCUUUUACUAUGAACUUCCGCAGAUUGAGUUUUUUUUUUGUUGUUGUUUUGGAUUUUUAAAGAAAAAAAAAAUAAUAAUAAUAAUGAGAAACAUAAGGAAAUAUAUAUAUAGAGAUUAUAUAUAUAUAGAAAUAAAUAAAACUGAGAAAAUGCUUCCCUUUAAAAGGGCUUUGAAGAUGAAAAUGGGAGUUGAGAUGCCCCCACAUCCUGUUUCUCCAAACAUUGUUUAGUCUUAAAAGCAAUGCGAUGAAGACAACGUUUCCUACUUCUGAAAAUGGCAACUGAAGGAGAUUGAGCCCGCUGCUGAGCCAGUUUGGAACUGAUUUUUGGAAGUGCUCAAGCAUUCCUGGUAUCAAUGGAAAACGGUCUGUGGAGGCUUCAAUCCAUCAAAUGGAUCUCUCGCAUUUCUUGUUGGAAGAAAUUGCCAGUUGAAACACAAAAAAGUGUUAAGAUACUUUAAAAAAAAGAAGAAAAAAAGAAACGAGGACUUUUUUUAUUUUCCUCGUAUUAAAAUAGUCUCUUUGCCUGUGUGGAUACUGUGAUGUUUCUUUUUUGUUUCUCUAUUUGCAUCAUUUAAUCUUUUUCAAUUGGAACUGUGUUUUUUUUUGUAUUUUUCGAAGUACAUCACAGCCUGCCAAAUGGAACUUCCCUAUGCACCACCGAUGAUGUCAUCCUUCUGUACAUAUCAAAUGCACUCAUCAUGUUGUGGUGUCAUCGCUUGAGUCCCGGCAACCUUGCCAGACCCCAGUUUUGUCAGAUUCUGAAAUGGAUGAACUAAUUUGAAAGAGAUAAAAGUGUUUUGUUUGCUUCUUCUUUGGGGGAGGGGGGGCAAGCAGGGGUAGACUACUCUUCAUUAUUGUUGUUGAUAGUUUUAGUUUACAUCAUACAGAUUCAGUAAUGCUUAUGCCAUCAUUCUCCACAAAGACUUAUAUAAAGAAAAAUGUUUUGGGAGAGGGACCCUGAGUGCACAUUUUUGGUCUUCACUCUAUAUAGAAAUGAUUCCCUUAUUUUGUACCUUGCUGUUCUGGUACUUGGCCUAAUGUGACCUACACAAAAUGGCCGCUCCUUCAGCCAGGGAGCUAGAGUUUGUGAGCAUGCUGAGUUAGGAGUGAUUUCACUGGGAGCUUCAAGACACUUUACAGAACACUGUGUUGAUGUGUUUUUUUUCUGAUUAUUAUUUGUUUUUGAGGUAACUUUACCUGUUUUUUUUUAUUAAAAAAGAGAUGUUUUUAUAUUGAAGUAUUUAGGAUUUUUAAUACCACAUAUAAUGACAGUAAUGUAAUUUUGACUGGACUAGAGUAGAGAUUUUUUUUUUUUUUCAGGUUGGGCAGACUUUGCAGAAUUGAUGGUAGAAUAAAUUUAUAUGCUGUAAUUAUUAUUAUAUGAAUAAGUUCUAGGGAGCACAGAUGUUUUACGCACCUUUCCUUACAGGAGGGUGGAGGGGUGUAUUAAUUUAAGAUAGUCGGGGUGCUUCAACGUAGAGAGCUAUGCAGGGGGAGGUUCAAGAUUUCUGUCAUCUCCAGCACAGGAAUGCAGUCCCAUAGAAAAAAAAAAAACAUGACAACAUUAAGGCAUUACGUAGGAACAUAUAUAUUCACAGUGUAUGUCAAUUCAUAAAAUCAUACCCUGCAAGUGUUUGGCUGCGGUGAAUUCUUAUAAUUUCAUAGGAGUCAACUAGCCAUGUUUGUUAUGUUCAAAUAGGUUUAUUUAGGAAAUAAUACAAUUUCUUUCAUGUGCAAAAUAAUAAUAAUAAUAAAAACCCUAGGAAGAUUUAUAUAUGAUAAUUAUGUUUAUAUAACAAGUAUGAAAAAGAAAGUAAGUUAAAAACUAAGUUAAACAGCUGAAUUCUGAGAGUUAUGUUCCUUAGAUCAAGUUCUGCAUCUGCUUAAUGGCGUCAUUCUGCUGUUGGAUUUGAAGGCAUUCAUUUUUCCAAAAUGAGAUGCGAUUAAAAAAGAAAUUAAAUCAUUAAUGUUGAAUAUAAUUUAUUAAACGCUCAUAUCUGUUAAAACUGCUAGAAAUGAAAGGAUAUAUGCAUAUGUUCUUGUAAAAUCUUAUGUAUGUUCAUAUGUAUUUUUCCUAUGGGCUGUUCGUUAGCAGACUCUUUCCAGUUGGUGUAGGUAAUACGAACACUGUACUGGUAAAUUGUGAAAUGGAGACACACAUUUUGACAAUUGGCUUCAUGCUGGCACAAACUGACUGGGAACAACAACAUUGUUGCAAAUGUUACUAUAACUAAAUAGAUGGAAAUAUUACACACACAAAAUAAGUACACAUACAUAACAUGGAAAAAGGAGUACCUAUUGGCACUGUGUUUUAUUUGAUAAUGCGGUCUAAUUUGGGAGUUUUGACUUUAAUUGGGGGUGGUCUGUUAUUAUUACUACUUUACUUCAUAGUUUGAUCUUCUGUACAAAGGUUUUCUCAAACCCAACUGCCCAAUAGCGCCCCCCUGCUGGCAGUGAUGGGACUGGAGCAGCUGCAGCCUCAAGCCAGUUUAUGGCUUUACCUAAAUCUGUAUGGCAUAUCUGGAAGUCCUGUUUCCUUGCACAUCCUAGAGUUGGGCAGCUAUUAUCUGUAUGAAAGAGGAAGGAUGAUUACCAGUUUAAAGGAGAUCACAAAGCAUGACACAUGGUCAUCAGUAGUUACAAGCAAGAGUGAAUGGGCUGGAUCAUAGGGCUUCAGAAGCAGCAUCAAGUCUUAAGGGAUCUACUUGUGCUUCCAAUGGUAGGGAUCUUUCUGCUUUUCCAAGGCCCAGCCUAGAUUUGUGGGAAAUCUAUCCCUAAUGCUUCCCAUUCUAAAAUCAAGGUCUCUUGUCAGUUUAUUUAUAGGCAGCUUAAAAGUUAUGCUCAUCAAAUUGAAGUAGGUUUCUAUUUCGUCUAUGGAUACCCAUUACUGCUCAGGCACAAGGAUCUUCCAGAUCUCCACCACCAACCAUGUCCGUCCCCAUUCCUGUCCGUCCGCCUGUCCGUCCAGCUUUCUAGGUCUAAGGGAGAAUGGGGCUAGUUUGCACUUAGGGUUUUGCAGCCUAGUUAUUUUUUGUGCUGCAAAAACAAAAUCAAUGAAUUCUUAAAUCUUUUUAGUGAAAAUCAAAGGACCUUGUAACCCCAAAAAGUCCACCCCUUACUCGGUUUUAAUCUCAUGAUUCCCCUCGAAAUCAUCUCCAACAAAAUGCCUCUAUAAGGUAUAAUGUUGUUUAUCAAACUGAGCACCAUCUCACCUACAUGAGCUAGCCUCAAGACAGCAGUCUAAUAAAGACCCAGAGAAAAGCUGGUCAUGUUUCUACUCAUUAAAUAAAUAUUAAAUUCAUUAAAUCUAUUAUGCCACCAUUCCGUUUGCCACUGGGAGCUGAAAGUGAUCUGAAAUCUGCCCCAUUAAUUUCCAUCGGCAGUGGACCUGUUUGAAAUGGGACUCUUGUCAGUCCUAGUUGGUUUCUACAACUUGACCUUCAGAUACAGCUAGCAACCUAAUUAGUAUUCACUGCUAAGGAUGCUUUUAAUCCUCAAAUUGAAUGGAAAUAUUGGAGGUAGGUGAAGAUCUUUAAAAAAAAAAAAAAAAGGCAUUAAACAAACAUAAAAGUGAUUUUUGACAUUUGUGUACGUUCGGUUAUAUAAUGCACAGGGUAUAUAAUGCACAGCAGUAGGAAGCCCCAGUUUGAUACUGGAAUCAGUUAAGGUUGAGUUUGCCAGACUGGUUUCAUGGUACAGUUGGGAAAGGGGUUUGCUUCCUUGUUGACAAUGACUGCUACUGGUUUAUCCUGGUCAGGGUUGCUGGUAAUUUGGCUAGUUUGCUGGUUCAUGCUGGUUCAACAGAUUGCAUUCCUGGUUGACAAGCUGGUUAAGAAUAGAACAAUUUAAAUUACCUUUAAAAGGUGUAUUUUACACUCUUAAAUGAAUAUAAUUGCUGCAAACCUGUGCAAAUGUUUUACAUACCAACUGGGUAUCUGGUAGGGAACUAGAAAGCCUGUGUUCCAAUUCUCAACCCCAAGAAGGGUUGUCAUUUUAUACUUCAGUUGCUUUGUUAUUUAAUUUUCUACCCAGCCAAGCUGGUUAUAUACAUGGUACGAAUAAACAGAUUUUUAUUAUUUUAAUUUCUGUAAAUACAGCAAACAGUAACUGUGUUUGUGAUUUCGGUACUAUAAAAAAAAAAUCUAGAUUUUUCCAUGGUUAAGAAAAUAUGCAAAAAUCCAAAUUUUACAGCUACUGUCUAUGAAGAAUCAAGGUUAAACAAUAAUUCACGUGGACAAACAUUUCAGUGAAUGCCUUCACAUGCGUUGUGAGUUUUGUUGAGUAUUUCCUUCAUAUAACUGUAACAGGGUUUAUGAUGUACAUAUUUGUUAGUGUAAAGAAACCAUUCAAGGUUUUCAAUUAAACUGAUGAAGGCAGUAUAGUCUCUUAUAGUUUUCCCUUAUGAUUAGGAGGAACAGAGUAUAUAGAAAUAACAAAACAAACACACAGUCUCUGGUUUACCUGGAUAUCAUAUGCAAUACAAAGAUGUAUUUUAGAUCCUUGUGAACUACAGAGAGCAUAUUAAAAAUGCAGCAUCACUUUUGCAUUGCAUCAUUCCAGCAGUAUGUACAUAGAUACAAUAGUGAUCCCAGGUUUACAUAAGUGUCUGCCUUUGAGCCACAUAAUUGAGGCAAUUUCUCUGAACAAGCAAGUGGCUUUAAUUCAAAUGCUGACUGGUGUAGUACUGUGCAGUCUAGGGUCUCUUAGAGCGGUAUAUUCAUACCCAUUCGAACAGUCCCACACGUUUGGUAGUUUAAGUUUUAUACCCUUUAUUUAACUUCAUUAACUCUUCCAGUGCUCCUAUAAUUGUGUAGUCCAAGUUUGAACUACCUUUCAAAAGAAUCUGAAGGUGCAACCCUCUUCUCCACACUUUUACUUUGCCGGCCCCAUUGCAAACGGAGGGACAAUGUUUCAGCUGAACAUAGCCAGCACUGGAGGAUCCUAAUACCUGCAGACAAGAAUGGAGGCGUGGGGGGAUAGUGUUGGACCUUCAGAGAUAUUUCAAAGGAAGACGACUACGAGGGAGUGAAAGGGGUACUUAUAAAGGAAACAGAUUUGAAUUACACUAUGUUUGAUGUCUUCUAGUAAAUACAAAAUCUAUUUUCUGAAAUGUGAUUACGUUUUCCUCAUAGCUUUUUGAUUAAAUGAACACUACUCUGCAGUGUGAAAGUACAAUGAGGGACAUGCCAUAGCUGUGCCUGUGCUUGAGGCUCAUUGCUGCUGCUGUUGGCUAUUAAAAAAGAAAACAAAGUUGUCCGUCUUCCCAACAUCCACCUGCUCGGGUACAAAGUAAGAAAGUACAGCAGAACCUCAGAGUUACCAACACCUUGGGAAUGGAGGUUGUUCGUAAGUGUGAAAUGUCCGUCACUAUGAAAACUGAAUUUUCAGUGGUUUUAUGAAAUGUGGACAACCUGCUAUCUACACCCUCAAUCUGAAAAAUAAUACAAGGAUACAGCACAGUAAUACAAUACUCAUAUUGUUAUGGUUCUAAAGUCUUUAACUAAAAUGUUCCUAGUAGAAUUGACUGUACUUGCUUUGAAAUCUGCCUUUCUGGAUACAUUUGUUGGUACAGUAAUUUUGCCUUCUCUGUGACCAGCAUGCCACUUAUAGGAGCGCCUAUGUGGUUGCAUUGCAAUCAUGGUUGAGUGAUUGAGUACUUCCGGUUGAAAGUGGGGUGUUCGGCAGACUGGUCAAUUCGUUACUUUGGUGUUCAUAACUCUGGGGUUCUACUGUACUCCAGUCUGACAUUUUAGAACUCCAUAAAUUGCAAAUGGACCUGGUCUCCAAAAGAUAACUUUACAUCUAUAAUGUAAAAUGUAUAGACAGAGUAUAUACUGUAUGGUGUUCUUGAAAAGCAUUUUAGGGUGUGACUCUCGAUUAAAGGUAAGGCCCUUUAUUUUGUUUUUUUUUAUCUAACUUUUUAUCACUUUUGUUUUUAAUCAGUUGUUUUGCUUAAUAACUGGUUAAUAUUGGGCACAUGUUUUAAACCUCUGCAUAGCAUUGGAACCCAUUUCUUAUUUAAUUCUACAUUUCCAAUGUGUCUACUUACACUUCUCAAACAUCAUGGAUUAUUUUGGAUAUAAAUGUAGAUUCUCUGUUGUUCCAGUUGUGGGUGAAAAUGAGUUAAACCUGAAUUAUAAUUUUUGAAAGUGAAAACUGAAAAUAAAAAGUUAAGUAUGGGCAUAGAGACAGCCCCACCUGCUGGCCUGCUGGUAAACUUGCUUCCUGAAUCUCUCAGCAAUUCGACUCUACAGCCCCCAUCCCCACUCCCAAUUCCCACACAGCACUGCCGGCCCAGACCACUGUGACUGAAACAGGACGUCCUGUACUCUGUAUAAAUGUACAUUGACUGUAACCCUGUGAAUGAUGUAACAAUUUAAUUAUUUGUAAUAUUGUUAUCGGUUUAUUUUCUAAAAUGGACAGCCCAACUUGAUUCUCCUCAAUAAAAAAAAUGAGAUCUGUCAA